AUGCGACUGACAGUUCCAAAUGGAUUUCGGCGUCUUCACCCUACUCCAUUCGUUUUCAGAGUGGUGGACUCACCAAACGCUGGGCAUCAUUACCGACUGGGUUAUCGAUAUAGAAUUGAACGAUUCUGGAUGCUUUUUACUGAUAACUCCAAAGAACUUGUGCCUCCAAACUGGCCAGAGGAGAAGGACCUUCGGAAAAUGGCUAAUCCUAUCACCCUGUACAUUGUCCCGGAAUGGCAGGGCCCAAUGAAAGAUUAUGCUCACCCUCAUCCUAUUGGCGAAAGUUCCUUCCACAAAGCUUUGAUAUAUGUUAUUGGAUUCGCAGUCAGUUUAGUCAGCCUCAGCGCCUUCAAGUUCUUCGGUUGGUUCUGCAAAGUUGGAAUCGAUCCUACGCCAGUCAGUUCUAAUCGUGGUAAAUGCUCCGAGUUCACGGGAUGUACUGGGGAUCUAUACUGGCUACAAUUCGAAGAAGACAAUUUCUCUCACAGUGACAGUAAAAAUAGCUCAGCUUCAGCGUUCAGCGCAGAUAAAAAGCAAGCUUUCAGCUCCUCUACUUUCUCUACCCAUCCAACAUCACAUGCAAGACCUCAGCCUACCAUCGACCCAGUUCGCAAUAGCACUGCGCGGAGAUAUUGGAGAGCCCGAACAGUUUCGGAAUCCGCAACGCACCACCUGGAUGCAUUUUUAUCUCAUUCCCCAUUCUUCUGGACUAACGCUGCCCUGAAUUGUUCUCAUUUUACCGACGGGUCUGCUCAGGUUUGCGUUUUGUGUUGGUUGAACUCUCCUGAAGGAUGGGUGUUUGGACCGGCGUUAAAUAACCUGGAUCGGACCGUUAACGAAUGUGUUGACGAGCUCACCAGAUCUGCUGCGUGCACCUUAUGGGAAAAACAUAAGAGUGGUCAAUUUCUCCUUUUUACCCGAUCACAACAAGUGAACCACCAGCGAUAUGGCUUUGCAAUCAUCCCUGUCGGUUCUCAUCACACGCACAAACAUGUUUUGCUCCGAAGCCAAUGUACUUUCAGAUUUGGCUCAUCGCUCAAGCGGCAUUCCACCAGUCUGGAUAAUCCAUACUUCUCUGCAAUCGGAUCCGGACCUCUACCCAAGCAUCCACGAUCGUGUGGAGAUGGUGCUCCUUCUGUGACCCCUCCGGAUUUCACUGUCUCGCAGCGUUUGAAAGUUGCUGAACGAAGCACUGCACCUUCAAGUCUCCCAGAACUUACUCCAUCAAUCCUUGCUGUAGUUGGUCACCACACAAACAUAGCUCAGUCCAAUAGACUCCUUUCCUCUAAUCCAGAAUCUGAUAACGAAACGGCCGCUUGCGCUGUCCCCAGUCCACGUCUUCCAUCACCUCAAAAACAGGUUCAGUUGCCAGUCAAUAGCUGGCUUGCCAAGGCUGCUGAUCUCAUCAUUCCUCCUACCUCCCGUGAUAUGUCCAGUCAACGUAUUCAGAGCGACCCCAUUUUGCGGAAAUUUCUCAGCUCUGGUUCACAUGACUCGUCCUAUGCUCGUCGUAGCCAGGAACAUGGCUCCGUUUGUAGCUCCAGUACUGAUGGUUUUGAGUACGAUGAACUGGAUUGCGGAAACCUUUCUCCUAAAGCGUUCCACAGAAGUGCCACUUCUUUGUCAGGUAUUUCCAUUGACAGCGAGCAGUUACGUCAAGCCGAGGAAGCACAGCUACUUCACUUGAUAGAAACUCUGUCUUCUUUGUUACACUCGAAGAGGGAAGCCGAUUGUUCUGUCUCUGGGAACGUGCCAGCCGAUCAGCUUGCUUACCAACCUACAAAUAAUGCGACACAGUUUAGAGAUUUGGCUCGAAAAGCAACCGAUCUGUCGUCAGAUUUGUCUGAGCUGGAGGAAGUUCUUGACAGAUUGAAUUUCAAACUGAAAGCCACCAGAAUCGAGCUGGAUCAGGCCGAAAAUAAUCUGGGUUAUAUCUGGCACCUACGUGAUCAUCUCAAUGGUUCAGACACCGAAUCUGUAUGUGCACUUUCUCAGACCAGUUCUGAAUCUCAGACUAGUCUGUAUCCUGAGUCGGUCGGUGAUUUUACAUCACCACAGAGCAUUACUCAUUCACUCACCCAUCCUCCGCCGCCGAAAAUCGCAUAUGAUAUUCAGGAAAUUCCCUCUGAUCCUGAUUUGCCUCAGGAUGAUAAUUUUCCGCAUUCAACCUCGGAUCUAAAUUGUCUGACAGUUUCAGAGAGUUUAUUCACUUCUACUGAUUCCUCCGAGCAAUGCCAUCCGACCGUUUCACUUUCAGACAUCGACUCGGGAUUCGACCGUUCUCGUUCAAUGUGUUCUUCUCUGACAUCUUCCUUGGUUGAGCCAAAAUCAAGAGGAUGCUGGAUCAGUGGUACGCUAAGGUCAACCCGAUUAGGACGAGUUCGUAGGUGCCUGACGACGCCUAGUGUUCCUACGGAUUUAGUUGAACGCACGGAAUUCGUCAAUGAGGUAGUGACCGAUGUGCAAGGGUUUCUAUGCCCAGAGCUCACUUUUGACAGAGAUGGUAUAAUAGACUGGACGGAGCGGAUUGAUGUUUGCCCCCAUCGAUGACAAAUGGUUCAUUAGCUCCAGCUUCUUUACGUUGAAAUUCUAGGGGAUAAAACUCUGACUUUUUGAUCCUUCUGUGCAAUAUGCUCUGAUAGCUGCCGUCUUAAGUCUUUCACACUUAUCUUUCAUUCAUGUGCGCUAUUGUGUUUCAUGUAGCCGUGAUCAUCAAUUUAUUUGUUUUUUUACUGCCCCGGUUGAUCAUUGUCAUCCAUCUACACACACCUCUUCUGGCACACAAGCAAAUUGUCUUUCUCUGUUAUCUGUUCCGGGGGUGCUUUAGUGAAUAUUUAGAAGUAAUCAGAAACCUAGUCUCCUGAACCUCCCAAUUUUAUGCAACACCGAUUUUCCGCUGCUUUCCCUUAUAUAAUGAAACACACCGAACACAUGUUGCCUAAUCCUAUCGUUCUUUCUCUUCAUUGCCAUUUUGUUGGGUUUUUGUUUCCCCGUGUUUAGCAAUACACAUAUCUCCA